UCUGCACCAGACUCCCACCAGAAGAGUUCCAAGAGCAACGAGACCAGAAGACUUUUAAACUUCCUCGGCUUUCACUUCAGACUUUGUUCUUUUUGAACAGCUGUGGUUUGACUUCACAUUUCCUGUCCUGGAGUUUCCUCUCAUCUUUAUAUAAUUUUAAAAGUGUUCGUCGCACAAUAAGUGUUUUAGUUCUGAACGUCAGCGCAUCGAGCUCAAUCUCCUGCAAUGUUUCCAGAGGCGAACACAGGCUACAGCUACGAGGACUGUAAGGCCACUGCUGAUUGGCUGCUGGCCCAGACGGACGUGCGGCCCACCGUGGGCAUCGUGUGCGGGUCAGGCCUCGGGGGGCUGGCCGACAUGUUGAAGGACCAGGUUGCCUUCAACUACAAGGACAUCCCCAACUUCCCACAAAGCACUGUGCACGGACACGCAGGCCGGCUGGUGUUCGGCACGUUGAAGGGGAGGCCGUGUGUCUGCAUGCAGGGGCGCUUCCACCUGUAUGAGGGCUACCCCAUCCAGAAGAUCACGCUGCCCAUGCGGAUCUUCAAGCUGCUCGGCGUGGCCACGGUGAUGCUGACCAACGCCGCCGGGGGCCUCAACCAGGACUUUAAAGUGGGAGACAUCAUGAUCAUCAAAGAUCACCUCAACAUGCCCGGCUUCGCUGGCAACAACCCGCUGGCCGGACCCAACGAUGAGAGGUUCGGCGUGCGUUUCCCGUGCAUGUCCGACGCAUACGACCGAGAGCUGCAGCAGCUGGCCAUGGACGUGGGCCAGGAGCUCGGGUACGGAGACUUCCUGAAGGAGGGCGUGUACUGCGUGCUGGGCGGACCCUCGUUUGAAACGAUUGCAGAGGUCCGCAUGCUGCACAAACUGGGCGCCGACGCUGUUGGCAUGAGCACAGCACCCGAGGUGAUCGUCGCACGCCACUGCGGCAUGCGCGUCUUCGCCCUCUCAUUGAUCACCAACAAGGCGGUGAUGGACUACGACAGCGAGGAGAAGGCCAACCACGAGGAGGUCCUCCACAUAGGGAAGCAGCGAGCGGAGCAGCUGGAGCGGCUGGUCUCCACCAUGGUGACCAGGAUCGAGCACAACAACGACUGCGUCUAAGAGGCGCCGCCGUUCAUGAGGGUGUGAAACCAGGUUGCAGCUCUGCAGCGUCGGCCAAGGAGACUUUCAAGAGCUCGUAACUUGGUUUAUUUAGCUGAGGACGGACGAGGCCCACAGACGAAAGUCCUCUGAAGAAUCCUCUUGUUCGUGUUCAGCCGACAUCGUACAUUCCUCUGCUGAGCGGCUCCUGAUGAAGGAAUCCCUUCUCAGAUGUUUAUGGGUCAUUUUAAAUGUAUUUGUUCUAACUUAAUAUACGAUCGGCUUGUGUAAAUGUCUGCGAUCUAACUUAAUGAGCCAGAAUCUGCUGUAAAGAUCUUAAUAUGAUGCUGUUGACAUGUGUACAUUUUUUAAUAAGAAUAUUGUUACUAAAUACUAUAUUUAUUACUA